AUGGAGGAGUCAUCGAAACACCCUGUUGCAUUCAAGAUAGGUCAGGCCUUCCACGGCCUCGAACUUUCCGAGCAACUACCAACAUUUAUACCUGAGGAGGCCAGCGAGGAUGAUACUUCAUCAGAAUAUGUGGAUAUCGUGCACGUAAUGGGAAUCUCGCGGCCGGAACGUAUGAGCUUGGAAGCCGUCUUCGGUGAUCACUUCACCUCUCACGCGGAACGACGAGAGUUCGUAUACCAAAGCAAUGCAAGUCAUUUUCUCUUAGGAGAUCUGACUGGGUACUAUGUUGAGAAAGAGGCACUGCAACUGUUAGCUGGGUUACUCCAGUUUCGACCGUCAAGCGUAGGGAAGUCUAGUUACAGUCGAUCUGUCAUCUUUAUCGCUUAUGAGCUGGGGGCCUUGGUUGUGGAAAGAGCUGUUGCGCUUUCUGGUUCUCAUCAAACAACUUGGACCAGUAUAUUCACCGAUACUGUGAGAUUUAUUUUCGCGGGCUGUUUCCACCGCAGGACGGAUGCCCCCUCAUUCGAUGCCCGAAUAUGGAAGUUUCUAGAGAGACACAAAACAGAAGAAUGGGGCCAUCUCAUCAGUCCAACUUCAAUCAGGGCGUUGGCGAAUACCGCCAUGGAAUCAACCGGUCUGUUUCUCAGCUCCCGCAUCACUUUGCGCACUCGAAUAAUUAGCAUCUAUGCCAAUCAGGAGACACCGGGAAGGAUCGAUUCAGUAUUUGAUGAAUCCACCGCGGUUCUAGGUAUAUGUACUGAGUUGGCUCUGCCCGAAGAACCCACCGGCGAAGCGCAUAGCCCGCUCAUCUCUAGGUUGUCUGACAUGGUCUUCAAUGGAUCUUGCAGCUGGAAUAGAUCAUCAUUGCGCAUCGCCAUUGAACGAUCUCUACUAUCAAUGGCCCUUCCGCACCGUCAGUUCCUGUCAACACGCGUCAUAGACUCACAUCCAAUCUUUAGAAGCUCAGAAUAUAAAUUGUGGAAGACAUCCAGAGGCCCCCAGAUAUUGUAUAUCCACGGUGAAGACCAACGGUUGACUACCAAGGCAGCUGAGCAGGUUAUUCUAGCAUGGCAACGGGAGCGGUUUGAUAAAAACCUAGAUGACGCCGAAAUACACUCUUUCUCUUUCUCCCGCCAUGAUCAAGCGCGUAACUCGAUGGACGCCAUGGUUAGUACCCUUCUGGUGUACAGCUUUUCGCGCCUCGUCGAAGGCGUGCCCAACUUCACUACCUGGCUCUUGGAAAACCAGAGUUUGCUGCAGCACGGGUGGACCGCCAAGGAUCUGCAAAACAUUUUGUGCCUAAUGCUGCGAGAUCACAUAGAAAAUAGAGUGUUGUGCCUACAGAAUGCUGACGAUUGUGAUACCGCCGAAAGUCGGAAGGGGUACUGGAAGGCCAUUGCCAAAGCCUAUGGCUUUACAGACAUGCGUCCCAAGCUUCUCAUAACUUCUAGGAGACCCGACGCUUUGAAGGAAGAGCUCCAGCUCAGUGCUCCUAACAUGACCCUACACUGUUACAGAGUAGGAUUGAACAAGCCGGAUGACUGCGGACAGGAACACUGUCGCAGUGAAAUGCUUAUAUCGCGUUUGUGUCCCUGUGGGCACGGAGAAGCUUACAUGCAAGGCCGUUUAAGUGAGCUCGCCUCGAUGAAUUAUGAUGUUCUCAGUACCAUCAUUAAGAUUAUCUCGUCUUAUACGGGAUGGCCCCAAAUACCAUCAUCACGGACAUAUAUGCGAUUUCAUCAGUUCUUCAGCCGUCUAUCUGUACACAGCACGGCUGCGAAUGUCCUCGAUGAGAUUCUACGGGCUGUCCCAGAUAUCACUUGGCUUCGCUCAACACUCACAUGGAUCUUGUGUGGAUAUCGGCCACUGACAUCCCAGGAAUUGGCCAUGUUCUGUCGCUAUCACUCUGAGCCAGAAGCGAAACAGCCGGACAUGAAUGACGAAUCCAGCACAGAUCAGCCUGAUAUGAUCACCUGGGUAAGCGGGCUGCUGGAACCAGAUCAGAACCCAGUUCGCAUUCGUCAAGAGACCUUGGAUGUUUUCGCACGCGAUGGUGGUUACCUAUGGACUGAGAUCCGAUCGGUGGGGCCUCAGUGGACCUGUAAGUUCUUGUAUAGUUUUCUGACUUCGGCGAGGAUUCAGAGGCAGCUCCUGAGCAUCUACAAUGAAUAUCAAGAGAGGGUCUACUCUUCCAAGGAGCAUAUCACUCCACCACUGAUGUCAGAUGGUCGGGAUAUAAUCUAUUAUGCGACUGAAUCGCUCCCAUAUCACCUAUCGAAGGCCCCAGUAGCACUUCAAGAAAUUGCACCAGUCCUGCUAGAGCCCGAUGGACCGUUGAGCGCUUGGAUGAAAGUUUAUUGGGCCAUGCAGAACCCUUUUUGUCGGCCGAAAGUGUGUGAUCUGGACCCUGCAGGCGUGUCCCUUCUGACAUUGGGGCUCCAGAGUUUUGGGCUCCACGAACUUCUAAGUCAAAGUGGACAUGAACUGCCUGUCAGGGCAGGAGGGCUCUCUAAGGCCAUGCGGGUAGGGGAUGAAGAUGCUGCUCUCUACUACCUGAACCAGUCCCAUGAUUCCUUAUCCGUUUCGCUUCUAUGGAGAGCAGUUUUUCUAGACAUGGGACGCGUGGUGGAUACCCUUCUGAAGUAUGGGAUGGACCCCAAUCCUCCCCCGGAUCCUAGCAUCUUCUAUCCUUCCCCGCUGUACCUAGCAUGCAGGCUGGACCAUUACCAGAUCGUACAGACCUUACUGAAAAGAGGUGCUGACGUUAAUAUUCUUAAGGAUGGCCAUGUUGGCAUCAUGUUCAAUGCAGCUGCAGAAGGAGCUGAUCACACCAUCCGGUCAAUUGCGGCUGUCCAACACGCACUCUUAGAUGCACCCCGACCAUGCACACCCCUCUACGCGGCAUGUUCCCGAGGUUUGUGGAAGACAGUGAAAACUCUGGUACAGCUCGGCGCCAGCGUAGACCUCCGAUUUGACGGCAACGAUGCUGAGCGAGGGUGGCAGCCUCUAUGUAUUGCUGCCUUAUAUGGCUAUCCCAGAACUAUUCAAUCCCUCUUAGACAGUGAGGCUGAUCCUAAUCUGAGGGGCCCGGGCGCCAAUAUCACGGCUCUGUCGCUGGCUGUCUGCGAGUCUGGAGAUCCAGAAUGUGUUCGCUUGCUCCUCGACCACGGUGCGAAUCCCAACCACGAGCUUCACCAACCUGCCUUUCCAGUGCUUCUGUCCCAGAAGACGACGCAACUGGAUGCCAAGCUUGAGAUCUUGGAUGUUCUAGUUAACCACUCUAACCCGGUCGAUGUCAAUGCCGUCGACCACUGCUGGUACCGUGCUAUGACACCUCUGAUGUAUGCUGCAGCAUCUGGGGAUCGCGAUGUCGUCAGGUGGCUUUUGUCGCAUGGCGCAAACAUUGCCUUAGUUGAUGAGAAAAAGCAGAAUGCACUGUUUUAUGCCGUGGAAGGGCAUCAUGACGCAGCCGUGAAACUCCUGCUCGAACAGGGCUCCCCACUCAUAGAGAAGAACGCGCAGGGGACUACAAUGCUUCAACUCGCCAUCGAGGAAGCUCCAAUUCUUCAGCUCCUCUUGGACGCGGGAGCCAAUCCGGAACUAGAAGACAGCGAUGGUUCGACCGCGAUCAACAAGGCUGCCAGCCAAGGCCAAGUUGAUUCUAUCCGGGUGCUCAUCAAGCGAGGUGUGAACAUCCACCACCGGGACGAGGCGGGGUGGAGUCCACUCCUUGAUGCUUGCGGAACGACUCCCAAUGAAGAAGCUGUCCGCAUCUUGAUGGAAUCUGGGGCUAGAUCGACAGACACAACCCCCGGAGGGCAAACACCUUUGCACCAGGCUGCAAUUAAGGGGCGAAUAGUCAUUCUCAAGAUAUUGCUUGAAUAUCGCAAUGUACUGGAUAUCGAUGCACAAGAUAGUGAGAAGGACACUGCUCUUGCGGCCGCUGUCCGAUGCAAUGAACUUGAAUGUGUUGCAACGCUCAUUCGGGCCGGUGCUAACAUCAACCUGGCGUCUGAUAAAGGAUGGACGGUCUUUCUCUAUGCUUUGGUCUUGGAGCGACCACCAGAGCUCAUUGAUCUGCUUUUAUCCCAACCAGGCUUGAAUAUUCAUAGCGUCACAGAGGGGUGGGGAGCCGCAAUCCACAUCGCCUGUCAACAUCUGCAACUCGACACGGUUAAGGAAUCGAUAUCCCGUGGAGCAGAUGUCAACCAGCGAGUACCAGGGCCCAAUUCUACCCCUUUGAUUUCCAUCUGCAACCCCCGACCCUCUGGAAAAAUGAACCGCCAAGAAAAUCUGGACCGACAGGAACACCUUGUCCGCGAACUGGUACAGCAGGGAGCCGACAUCGCCGCGGAGCACGGCUUCAUUGUCCACAAUCCUCUUUCAGCUGCGUGUCUUGGGACAGGUGUUAGUAUCAUCAAUUAUCUGCUCUACAAGGGCGCCUCGCCUCAGCUUCGAGACCCACUGGGCCGUCUUGCAAUUCAUUUUGCUGCUACCAACGGGCUGGAAAAUUUCAAGGCCGUACACCGCGCCGCUCCCAAGUUUCUGAUGGCGCCAGAUAAAGCCAGGAAAAUCCCCCUUCAUUGGGCAGCGCAGUUUGGCCGCGCACAAACCGUUGAGACAAUUCUAAGCUAUGUGCACCUCCCGGCAGACCGGCGACGAUACUUAAAUGAAGCCGACAUUGAUGGCUGGACUCCGCUCUGUUGGGCACUUCGGCCCACAGAGUUGUUUUGGGACCCUAACAUGCCCUCCGAGCCGGCGAAUUAUGCAGAAACCGUUCGGUACUUGCUGGAAAACGGGGCGGAUCCGACGGUACGCUGCCGGAUGGGCAGUGAGCAUGACUUAUAUACGCCACUCCAGCUAGCCCGUCUCCAUGACGCCGGCGACGAAAUCAUCGAGCUUCUCCAAGAGGCUUUAGGCAGUAGUAUUUCUGACAGUCAGGAACCAUCUAGCAAAGUAUAUAAUCGACCUCAUGGGUAUUUCUGCGGAAUAUGCUUCACGUGUAUCUAUGGAAUCGCCUACGACUGUUCUAUUUGCCAGAACUUCCUGGCCUGUCGAAAGUGCUAUGGUCAGAUAGACAUUUACUUGGGCGACCAGCCGGUCUCUGGGCCUGAGGCGCAUGUUCACAAGUUCCAGUUAUGGGAUAGCGACGAGCCAGAAUUUCAGGAUACGCCGACCUCGCCUUCUGACAUUGAGGGCCUUUACUCGGAGUUUGUUGAUCCAGAGAAUGAUGCUGGCAGUGACGCGAAUAAACUUUCUUUAGAAGAUCCUCCUGGGUCUGUCGGCGGUAGCACAACAUCUGGAUCUAAGAAUCAUGAUGAUAGGUGGUAG